CAUUUCGUUCACUGCUGAAGUUUAUAUGGCGAACAAAUGUUAAAAGUUUUGUCAACUUUCUCGAAAUAAUCUUUAUUCGCAGUGGCAUUGCAAUAUUGGCAGCGAUCUAAAUUAAGCAGUGUCUAUUCUAUGUGUGUUCAAGUUAACUGCAUAGUUCGGGUAUGAAUGAGAUUUUGUCAGCUGAUAAUAGAACAGUAGUCUGUAAAAGCUGCCAAUGUUGCAUAAAACGUCGAACUGUCGAUGAAUGGAUCACUCCGUUUAAAAGUUGCAGCCUAGUUCAAAAGCAAAAUAAAUUGCCAAAGAAGUUGCUUGCAGAUUUCAGUAUAAUGUCACUGACGAUUGUUAUAACGAUUUUGAUAUUUACUAGUCAAACAGUAUCUGCAAACGAAAUUGAAAGUGGUGAUACUAGAGAUAAUUCAGAAAGUAUAGAUUUUUCAAGUGAAAAUGUUGUUGAGCAGAAAGUGGAGUCUUCAACAGGGGCUGAUAAAGAAGUGGAAAAUGUUAUUAAUGAAAAUGUAAUUAAAGAUAAUAAUAUUGAGGCUAGCAAUCUUCAAGAUAAUACCAACCAAGGAACAGCGAGAGUGAACUCUCCUAUAGAACAAGAUGAAGAUACAACUUCAAAUGAGGCCCUACAUUCUGAUAAAAGCUUUACAGAGCCUACUUACAAUAUUGACAAUAAAAACCAACAAUCUUCCGAAAAAGAUAGCCUUAUGGACAGUGAUGCAGAUCAAAUUCCAGGUGAUGUUCCACUUUCUGACAGCUCCUUUGAUGAACACCAAGAUGUCACUGAAAAAAGCAACCAACCUGCUGCCCAAGAAGAACUUCCUACUGAAAACGAAGCAGUCCGUACUUUGAUUCCUGAUUCACAUUUGGGUGGCAAUGUCCAGACACAAGAAGUUAGUGAUGAGUCAGCUGCUAAUAGACAAGAAAAUGGUAAAGAAGAGGGGACAGAUUAUUUCAAAGAUGUAGAUUCUAUCAAAGAAAGUCUUUAUACACCUGGCAUGUAUUCAGAUCAAUCUAUGACACAUGACAGCGAGAAAGAGAGUCAUACUUCAGGAAUGGAGCAGUCUCACAAAGAAGACCAAAGUAAUUUAGACGAUCUAAAUUUACAUGACACAGAUAUUGAAUCAACUCCAGAAAAUGCUGGUGAGCCAACAGUUGCAUCAUUGGACAAAGGCAGUGGUGUUGACUAUACAUCAAAGACCGAGAGUGAUGUUGCCAUAGAAACAGAAAAGUCAGUAAGUGGUGAAAAUGAAGAACAAGAAAGAAAAGACCAAGAACAUAUUCAGAGUGAUACGCAAAUGUCUCCUGAUAAACCUAAUGAAAUGGAAAAAGAACAAUCUCAAAGUUUUGGUAAUAUUGUAACUGAUUCUGUGAAUGAAAAUGAUGAACACAGUAACAUACAUCCAGCAGCAGGGAAUAAGAAAAAAGAGACAGUGGAAUCUACAGUACAGAAAGAAUCAGUUGAGCCUGGAUCUGAUUUGGUGCAAGAGGCAGAACUGUUGUUAAACCAGACAAGAAAAAACAGUAAAAGAGCAUACAAACUAAUCGCCCAAGCAGCAGACAUGAACAAUACAAUAGCAAUGGAAAAAGCUGCCAUUGAAUAUUUGUUGGGUGAUCAUUUACCAAGGAAUUUUACGAAAGCAAAUGAAGUAUUUCAGAAACUUGCUGACAAUGGAGCUCCAGUUGGUCAACAGGGACUGGCAUUUAUGUUUGGCACAGGCACUGGCAUCAAUUCAAGCCAAGCAAAGGCUUUGAUCUACACAACAUUUGCAGCUUUAGGUGGAGGUGUUAUUGCUGAAAUGAUGUUGGGCUACAGAUACUGGGGUGGUAUUGGCGUGGUUCAAAACUGUGAAUCAGCAUUAACUCACUAUAAAAAGGUUUCGCAAAAAGUUGCUCAAGAUGUGCAACCGAUGGGAAGCCCUGCAGUUCACCGAAUUCGUUUGUAUGAUGAACUGGAACAGGGAAGCGCUGGAGGAAAUCUAGAUGAUGACCUUCUUCAAUAUUACCAAUUUCUUGCUGAUAAGGGGGACGUACAAGCACAGGUUGGCCUAGGUCAGCUUUAUUUCCAAGGUGCAAGAGGCGUAAAUGUAGAUCACCAGAAAGCAUUCCAGUACUUCAAGCAAGCUGCUGAUGCAGGGAAUGCCAAUGCACAAGCAUACCUGGGCAAGAUGUUUUUGGAAGGUAACGAUGUUGUCCCUCAAGAUAACAUGACCGCUUUCGAGUAUUUCACAAAGGCCGUUGAACAGGGAAAUCCUAUCGGCCAUAGUGGACUCGGACUUAUAUACCUUCGCGGCAAGGGGGUCACCAAGGAUUACGCUAAAGCGGUGGCACAUUUCAAUUUAGCAGCGGAACAAGGAUGGCCAGAGGCACAACUGCAGCUUGGGAAUAUAUAUUAUCAUGGUCACGGUGUUAACAGAGAUUAUCAAAAGGCUGUAAAGUAUUUUACACUUGCUUCCCAAUCUGGUAAUGUUUUGGCUGUUUACAACCUUGCUUCCAUGCACGCAAGCGGUAAUGGUGUUCUCCGCUCCUGUCACACAGCCACUGAGCUAUUCAAGAGCGUUGCUGAGAGAGGACGGUGGUCCGGCUGGUUUACAGAAGCAUACGCUGCGUAUAAAGCCGGGGAUAUCGACACUGCUUUGAUCAAAUAUUAUAUGCUAGCCGAACUCGGCUAUGAAGCAGCCCAGAGCAAUGUUGCUUACAUAUUCGACAAAGGUGAAUCGACUUUGUAUCCAAAAAAUGAAACAUAUGCAAGGGCGCUGUUACAGUGGAACCGGGCAGCAUCUCAAGGUUACACUGUUGCGCGAGUGAAGGUUGGAGACUAUCACUUUUAUGGUCUCGGGACGGAGAUUGAUUACGAGGUUGCUGCGCUGCACUAUAGGCUUGCGUCCGAGCAGCAAAACAAUGCACAAGCAAUGUUCAAUUUGGGCUACAUGCAUGAGCAGGGUCUUGGCCUCAAGAAGGAUAUUCACCUGGCAAAACGAUUCUACGACAUGGCGGCUGAAUCAAAUCCUGAUGCUCAAGUACCAGUUGCGUUAGCCAUGGUAAAGCUUGGUGCCUAUUUCACACUGGACUGGGCAAAACAGAAUUACAAGUUUUGGGAAAGGUUCAACAUAAAGGAACUUCUAGGAAAAGACUGGGAUCUUUAUAUAAUAACAGGACUUGCGAUUGCUCUUGGACUUUUAUUGCUCAUCAGAAGAACCCAAGCUUGAUUGUAAAAAAUUGUUGUUUAAUGUUUUGAAUAUGUUUAGAUGGAAAUCUUUUUGACACGUAAAAUUUCUGGCAAUUUGUCACAGUGUGUCUGGCAACGUAUGUAGUUUAUGAAAAAUUAUCAGACUCAUCAAAAUCUGUGUCUAAAAAUGAUUGUUCUGCCUAUACACUCAUUGCAUACCUAUAAUGACAUUCGAAAGACAUCUCUCCUUGAAAACGAGAGAGGGAACUCUAAAACUGUAUUUUAAAAUUUCAAUUUUCUGGGCUAACCUAUGAAUAAAAUUGACCUGUUAAAGAUAGCUUUAUGAGUGUUUGGGGUUUCAGCAUCCUCUGGAUCUCCUUCCAAGAUAUGUCGUAAACAACAAAGCAUUGAUGCCCGUUCUAAUUGCAAUUUUCAUAAAUAGUUACUUGCCAUUGCCCGGCUUCAAAUGCUUAAGAGUCAUCGCUACUUACCCUGAUUGUUGUAAAGUGUUGUUGUUGCUUAAAACAAACCAUUCCCCCUCCCCUCAUAUAGCCCCCGGUCAUACCCAAAAUGGAGGAUAUUCAGCAAAAGUGUUGAUGCAAAUGCCGGAAAAUACGCGGAAAAUAGUGUUUCUUUAACCCUUUCCGCCUGUGCGUAAUAUGCGGAAAAUUAUGUUUCUUUAAGCAACAUCCUACUCAAGUCAAUUAAAGCGAUGAUGAUUUUCAUAUGAAAACAUUUUCCAGUUCGUAAUUUCUUAUAAAGGUUAGUGAAAAUAUCAACUCCAUAUGAUCAGAUGGAUCUGAUGAUUUUGUUCGAGAGAUUUUUAUGAAUUAUAAUUCGGUGGGUCCAUUCUGGAUCAGCAUUGGAUUGUAACCAACUGCGUCUUUUUAUCUAAUAAAAUAUUCGUUUCUGCAGGUGUUUUUAGAGUUGUUUUUAAGAAUGUUUAUGUGAGUGCGAGUAUUCUGGAGUUCCGAACUUGGAAGAUGAUCAGUGAGGUCUAUAAGCAAAGUAUUUGUUAA